AUGCCUCUCGAAACCGGUCUCCAAGGCACUCAUGUCCUCAUCACGGGCGGCACUCGUGGCAUGGGCCAGUCAAUGGUCACACAAUUCCUCCAAGAAGGUGCCAACGUCUCAUACUGCGCCCGCACCGUUACCAACACCGAGUACGACGAGGUUCAUGAAUCCCUCCCCGCAGAAAACACUGCUCGCGCAGUCGGCACUGCCUUCGAUGUUUCUUCAAAGGACGCGAUCGUGAACUGGGUCAACAGCUCCGCUGAGCGCGUUGGACGGGUCGAUAUUGUCAUUGCAAACGCAUCCCCCAUGCACAUGGAAGGCGAAACCGAGCACUGGGAAAGUAGCUUCGCCAUUGACGUGAUGGGCUUCGUCGAGCUUGUCAAGGCCGCACAGCCUUAUCUUGAGAAGUCUCCACAAGCCUCCAUCAUCGUCCAGAGCUCUUUCAUGGGUCGUGAAUUCUUCCGCGGCCCGCCAGCUGCUUACGGGCCUUGCAAGGCUGCUCAGCUGCAGCACGUGCAGGAACUUUCCCAUUACUUGGGUCCCAAGGGCAUCAGAAUGAAUGCGAUCUCACCUGGUCCCGUUGUUGUCAAGGGCGGAGCUUGGGAGAAGGGCUUGAUCGAGGCUCCCGAGUGGGUGGAGGAGCAGAGACUGAAGAUUCCCUUAAAGCGUCUUGGUGGACCUCAGGAAAUUUCGAAUGUCGCGGUCUUCUUGGCCAGUCCGUUGGCUAGCUUUGUCACUGGAACCAAUAUCUUGGUGGAUGGCGGUAUCCACGUGGGUACACAAUUCUGA